AAACACAAAGGAGGAGAAGAAGAAGGGCGGUCUGAAUGUGGAUCAUGGUCGCUCUGUUCGGAAUCAGGUCUUUGUGAAACACCGUGAAACCUGGUUCGGACUGAAAGAGUCCGCACGAGCCUUUGUUACGUUAAAUAAAGCUCCAGAGUCCAGCAGGUGGACCCGGAGGAUCUCUGCCGGAGGACAUGUACCGAGGUCGGCCUCCGCCGAGAGGAGGCUACCCGCCGCCUUUCGAAGGCCGAGGUCCGCCUCCCGGGCCCAGGCCUUACCUGGUGCCGGGUUACAGAGAGGACCGGGGCCGGCCCAGGGCUCCGUACCACGCCGGAUACCACGACCACGGUCCCCCCGAGUCCUACCGCCGCUCCCCGCCGCGCAGGAGGUACCCGUCCCCCGGCUCAGGGAGUCACCGAGGCGGCGAGUACUGGACCGGUGCUCCGCCGAGAGAGAGGUCUCCGUCACCGCGUGGACCUGUUCCCCUCGACCACAACCUGGUCAUCACCGUCGGCAACGAGCUGACCGGACCAUCUGGCCCCGCCCCCUCACGUCAUCAUGACAGAGACUACCCUCCUCGACCCGAGCACGAGCGGGGCCGGAGCCGACCUCGCAGCCGGAGUCCGGACCGGAGCCGGGCGAAGAGCCUGGGACGGAGCAAGAGUCAGGUGAGGAGCAAGAGCCGGCCCCGGAGCCCGAGCCGCAGCCCGGACCGGAGCCGAGCCAGGGGCCGGAGCAAGAGCCGCAGUCCGGACCGGAGCCGUGCCAAGAGUCGGGGCCGGAGCAAGAGCCGCAGUCCGGACCGGAGCCGGGCCAAGAGCCGGGGAAGAAGCAAGAGUCGGGGCAGGAGCAAGAGCCGCAGUCCGGACCGGAGCCGGGCCAGGAGCCGGGGCCGGAGCAAGAGUCGUCCGCGUAGCAGGUCCAGGUCCAGAGGGCGGAGCCGAGGACGAAGCGGCAGCAAAGCGGCGAGCCACGUCCGCAAUAAGAGCCGGCAGAGGAGUCGCAGCGCCAGCAGCAGCAGCUCGAGCUCCAGCAGCUGCAGCUCCGACAGCGACAGGGAGUCCAAGAGGGAGUUCAGGGAGCUGGACACGGCCCGGCGCCGGAAGGAGCUGGAGGAGAUGCUGAGCCUGCCGACCAAGUCCAUCCUGAAGAGACGCAACGACUCCGAGGACUCGCCAACUCUCAGGAGUACAGAGUCCCCCAGGGGUCCGGAGGGGACCCACAUCUCCCGGGUGGCCGACCAGCUGCUGCAGGCUGUUAAGGGCAUGGAGCCUCACAUGGUGGCCCACAUGCUGUCCGAGCUGCGGUCCGACCCGCAGAUGGCUCAGCGCGCCGGCCUCGACGCCGAGAUCAAAGAGAUCCUCAAUCUGCUGGGGGGCCCGGCAGGGGCCAUGGCUCAGGAGAAGACGGCGGAUGAUAUUGAUGACGAGGAGAAGUUCCUGUACGGAGACUCGGAGGAGCCCAAACCUGCACCAGCCCCCGAGCUGGUCCAACACCACGGGUUGGAUCUGUACGGAGACCUGACGGAGGAGGCGCUGUACGGAGACUACCCGCCGCCGAAAGCCAUCAUUGGUCAGACGUAUGGCCUCCCGCCAGGGGCCUCGCCUCACCUUCAGGCUCCCACCUUGGGGGAGGGGGACAUGAGGUACGCAAGCCAACCCACCAUCAGCCCUGACCAGAACAUCAGGGUCCAGGUGCCGAACCCUGCUUACCCACCGGGGACGGAGCCACUUGAGGAGGGCGAGCGACAGGCUCUGGAGGAGUACGAGAAGAUCCAGGACCUGCUGAAGACCAUCGGCCUGGACCUGGGUGUGGGCGAGAUCAGCAAGAUGGCCGCCAGGACCAAAGAGCGGCUCCACGGGAGCAAGCCGCCUCCGAAGACCCCCACCCGCAGACGGUACUCCUCCGGCAGCUCUGACGGCAGCCGCCGCAGUCGGGGCCGUAGGAGGCGGAGCCCCAGCGGCAGCUCCAGCAGCAGCAGCAGGAGUUGUAGCCGUGAGAGGGGGGGCAGCUGGAGCAGCGACGACGACCGCAGGAAGAGCUUGGCGCUGCCCAAAUUGCACAAAGCCAGAGACGUCAAAGAGAUGAAGCCCGAGCGGAGUGACGCAGCUCCGCCUCCGCACAAAGAGCCGCUGCUACAAACCCCCGACCCCAACACCCACCCACCCCACCCUGGGGUGCCCAUACCCACCUACCCCCCCUCACAGGUACACGGCAUUAUGCCCCCCAACUUCCCCCCGCCGGGUUACGGCCAGUAUGGAAACUACCUUCCCUACAUGCACCAGCAGUGGCCGCCCAUGUACCCGCCCCCCAAUAUAUCCUUGCCCCCCCCGACCAGCCCUGAAGACUUCCCCCCCAGUCUGCCCUACAAACAGCCCUACACCAAACCGGCCCUUGAGCUGGGGGCCAAAGGUCCAAGGAGUUCUGUUCAGGACGGCGAGAAGGGAAAAGUCAGCAGCCACGACAGGAGAGUGUCCGAGGAGCAGAACAACGAGAGCCAGAAACAAAAGGUUCUGGAGGAGAGAGAGAAGCUGAAGCAGGAGAGAGAGCUCCGGAUGAAGAAAAAGGAAUAUUUGAUGAAGGAACUGGAGAGACUCAGGAAGCAACAAGGCGAGCUCCUGAGGAAGAAGCGGCGGGAGAAGGACGGCCACAAAGACCCUCUGCUGCAGGAGAUCAGCCACCUGCAGGAGGAGGUCAUGACUCAGAUCUCCAACCUGCGCAAAGAGCACGAGGCCGCCGAGAAGAAACGCAACGAGAUUGACAAGGUGGCGCUCAUCCUCGGCCUGAACCCAUCCGACCGGCCGCGCAGGACCGUUAAGGCGGCCGCGGACGAGGAGGACGAACCAUCGCCACCAGAGAAGAAGAAACGGGAGCUGGAGAGGAGCCCUGACGGACGGCAGGCGGCUGGCAGCUUCACCAUAAAGACCUCAGCUGCGUUGUCGUCUUUGAGAGCGUCGCCGGACAAGCCGCCCGUCACCGGCCAUGCUCCGCCCCCGCCCCCGUUUGAAUACUAUGACGCUGGAAACCACUGGUGCAAAAACUGUAACGUCACCUCUGGUUCCAUGUUUGAUUUUUUCACGCACUUGCACAGCAAAACGCAUCGAAAGACUCUGGACCCGUACGACCGGCCCUGGGCUUCCACUCCCAGCAAAACCGCCAAGAACACACUGUCAGAAGAAAAGCUGACAAAACCCGCUAAAGGUUCGGAGUUCUUGCUGCCUGUCAGAGGAUUCUUCUGCCUGCUGUGUAAAGAGUUUUACGGAGAUGCCAUCUGUGCAGAAGAACAUGUCACCACACAUGCUCACAAUGAGAAAUACAAGAAACAAAUGUAUGAGAAUCCAAUGUAUGAACAGCGGAGGAACCUGGACCGUCAGGCAGGACUAGCCUUAGAGACGAGUGGGAAGAAACGCAAACAUGAGGACGAUGAGAAAAGCAACAAAGACAAGGAGGAAAAGUCCAAACACAAAAAGGAAAAAAAGGACAAGGAGAAAAAGAAGGAAGACUCUGACACUGUUUACAAGGAAGACAAAUCUAGAGUUAAAAAGGAGGAAGAAGAGGACAAGCUGAAGCCCACCAAGAAAGAGGAGGAUUUUAAAGAUGCCAAAGGUCUGGAAGUGGAGAGGCCUUCUUACAGCAAGAAAGAUGAAGAUGAAAAGUCUAAGUUCAGCAAAAAGGAUGAUAAAUACCGCCACAGCAGAGAAGAGGAGGAGAGGGGUAAAUACAGCAGAAGAGAUGAGGACGACAGAUACAAAUACAGUAGAGAAGAAGAAUGUCGGUAUCGAUAUCGUAGGGAAGAAGACGACAGAUACGAUGACCGUUCCAAAUAUGGUCAGAGAGACGAUGAGGACAAGUAUAAACACGGUAAAUAUCCAGAUUACAGAUCCAAAUAUGACAGAGAGCGAGAUGAAGGAAAACCUAAGGCUGAGAAGGAAGCUUUUAAAAGGCUCGAGCCAGGGAAACCAGUGGUCAGCAAGCCUGAACCACCACCAAAACCCUAUGACCCGCCCAAAAUCCUUUGUGGACCCAGUCCGGCCAUGAGGGCAAAGCUCCGCAAGCAGAGCCUGGAAACUGGCAAACCAGUACCCGUGGCCACCACUGCUUCAUUCGGAAAGUUUACAUGGAAGAAGAGGGAGAAUGUUCUGGCGAAGGAAGCAGAGAAAGUGGCCGCAGAGUUCAUCAAGGAAGACGAAGAGGCUGUAAAGCAGAAUCCAGUCUCUGUGGAGGAUUCUUUCGCAAAAUCUAUGGCCGUUGCUAAAGAGAUCGCCCAGAAGCUUGGAGGCCCGACCAUGCCUCCUCCCUGGGUGUCCAAUGGUGCCAACCGGGGAAGGAUCCGGCCUAACCUCCCUGCACCGGCUGCAGUCCUGAGGAAAACCGCCAUGAUGGGUAAACCUGCACCUCUCAAUACCUUCCUCUCCAUAAGACCCCAAAACACCACUUUACUAGGUUCUCCUCCAAAAGACGAACUAGCGAAGCCACCAAUCAGUUAUCCUGGCCCAUUCGAGGAUAUGCGUGCACCGAUGGCUGGUAUACCAGAGCCAUUUAAGGCUACACUUCCACCUCCAGCAUUUGAGGUUAAACCUGUGCCAUCAGUAUCUAAAUCUGCACCAUUUGAGGUUAAACCUGCGCCACCUGUAUCUAAACCUGCACCAUUUGAGGUUAAACCUGCGCCACCAGUUUCUAAACCUGCACCAUUUGAGGUUAACCCUGCGCCACCAGUUUCUAAACCUACCCCAAUCGAGGCAAGGCCUGUGCUGUCUGAUGCUAAAUCUGCAUCAUGUGAGGCUAAACCUGUGCCAUCUGGAAUUACCCCUACUCCAUCCACAGCUAAACCUGCACAACCAACAAUGAUUAAGAUAGUCUCUGAUGUGGCCGCUCCCGGCGUUCCUGAGAGUGAGCAAACUCGUACGGUGUUUGUCAAGCCUCCACCUUUCAUGAACCUAGGCGAUGGAGCGCAGAAGUCUGAGAAACACAAGAGUCAUCUGGCUGCAGCAAAAGCCCAGGACUUAUUCGACAUCUUCUACAGCAACAUGGGCCAAUCGGGUGCCUCCUCCAUCACCAAACCACCAACAGACGUCAGAGCUGACGAGAGCAGCACCAAUAAAAGUAAACCCUCUACCCCGCAAACACCAAAACCACAACCCCAUUGUCAGCUUCUUGCCCAGUCCCAACCUCCAGCUGCGGCUGAUACAUCUACACAACUAGACUCGAACAAUUCCUCAACCAGUCCCCAAUCCCAGUCAGAAUCAGACAUCCAAAUUGCUUCCGUUUGGUCCUUGCAGCCUACCCCAGCUCAAUCACAUGAGGUGGCCCCAUCUGAAACCAAUCCACGAACCACCCAACAAAAACUGAAUCCACUAGCCCAGUCUGAGGCUCCUAGUGUACCCCAAAAUCAGUCUGAGGCUCCUAGUGUACCCCAAAAUCAGUCUGAGGCUCCUAGUGUACCCCAGAAUCAGUCUGAGGCUCCUAGUGUACCCCAGAAUCAGUCUGAGGCUCAGAGGUCACCCCAAACCCAGUCCUCCAGUCCUAAAUUUCAGUCCAAAAUCGCCCAACAUACCGAGCCUUCCAAGUUGGAACCAACACCUCAAACUCUGUCUCCUCAAAUCCAAACCGAGCCACAAGCUGAACCCCAACCAGACCAGGGCAGCCAGCCCCAUUCCCAUCCAGAUAGCCAUCCUGACACAGCUCCAGAACCUGAACCAAAACCAGGCCCCAAAACUAGAGGCAAGGCAACUCCGACAAAGAGAACCCCCCUUGCCCCCCGCCCAGCCCGACAAACCAGAUCCCAAACCAGAUACCAGACCCGGCGACAGCAGCAGAGCCAGCCUGAGCCUGAGCUGGCUUCAGGAGAUUCUGACUCUGCAGCUUCAGACCAAAAAGGACUGGACACGUCUGAUCCUGGCUCUGAGAUGCAUGCAGAGGAGGGGGUUCCCAGCGAGGGGGACCGUCAGAUGAUGGCGAUAACCCCUGAAACCCUGGGCCUCCCCUCUGACAUGACCUCUCUAGACUUUGAGUACGAUUUUAACUUUGAAUAGAAGCUGGAUCGGACUGUGUGACAAGAAUCUGAGGAGGCGGUUUCUUUUAUAACUACUCAAAUAU